AAAUCAAAACAAAUUUUAUUAUUACAGAUAAGAACUUUUCAAAAUUUGUCCUUUAAAUACGUCUUCAUUCUUUUUGUUUUUCUAAUAAAUAGAAGUUAUACGCUUUACCACGUGCCAAUCAGAAAAUUCAGUAUAAUGUUCUAUUUUUCCAAUGAUUUAAUUAAAAACCCCUAUUGUAGUGAUACAUGUUUGAAACAGAUUUCUGAAGGAAAAAUACAAUGCAAAUGUGGCGAGGACAAACCAGUAUUUGACUGGACAUGGCAUGAACCAAGAUCUGCAACUAUACAAGUAUCAAACCAUGGUAGAGAUGUUCUCUUUAACCCUGUUUACAGCUGUGGUACAGCAGCAGUUAGAGGUACCACGCCAUUUAAACAAAACCAUCACUAUUAUUGGGAAAUCAAAAUUUUGAGCAAACUGUAUGGAACGGAUUGUAUGAUUGGAGUGGGCACAUCAAACGUAGAUCUUAAAAAGGCUCAAUUCAGAUUUUGUAGUAUAUUGGGUAUGGAUAAUGACUCUUGGGGCUAUUCAUACCAAGGCAGAAUCUACCAUGGUCAGUUACAAAGAAUGUACGGCCGUGAAUUUAAUAUUGGCAGCCUUAUUGGGGUUUAUUUAGAUAUGUGCAAUGGAACAUUGGAGUUCUAUUUGAACAGAACACCAUUAGGUAUAGCAUUUAAGGAUCUGAAAGGCAAAGAGCUGUAUCCAAUGGUGUCAUCUACUGCCGCCCAAUCGGCUAUGCGCCUUACAUGUUGCAUGUCUAGACAGCAAUCUUUACAAAUAAUAUCACUUAAAAGGAUUUUGGAAAAUCAAUGUUUGUAUGAGGAAUAUAAAACUAUACCGUCAUUGAAAGUGAUAUACGAAAGACAAGUCUUUUGGAUGAAACCACAGAUUACUAAAUGUGACGAAAAGAAACGACUGGCAGAACUAGAAGAAGAGGUGGCAGAAGGUUGCAUAGGCAAGACUAAAAAAGUUCGAAAAAUCCGUAAACUUUCUUUGUUGGAAGAUAUGGACAAUCAAGAUGACAAAGCUGAAGAUUCGGAUAUAGACGUCUAUGACUUUAGUCAUAUUUUUCCUAAUAUUUGUGAAAAAGCUCCUAGUCAAGAUCCUCCAUCCUGACCUGCAGUUAUUUUAUGAAUUACUUUACAAUAUGUGAUGUUAAUUUAGGUUAUUUAUAAAAUGGUCGAAAACUAAUGUGUAUAACGUAGUCUUCAUAAAUUUAAUUCUUCUUGUAAAUUAUUUGUUAAAAUAAAUAAAUCCACUUUAAAUAUU